GGGAGGAGAUGGGGGAGUAUAGUUGGGCAUCUGCUUGCCUAGCUAUGAUCUACCACAACUUGUGCAAUGCGUCUCUAAAAGCCGUGAGGGAGGUCAGCGGCGCAAUGUUCAUCGUCCAAUUUUGGGCUUGGGAGCAUAUGCCAUGGCUUGCACCGGCCCAACGUCCAGACAGGGAUUGGCCAAUCGAUCAUCCCCUAAGAGGUGAAGCUUAUGGAGCAAGGUGGCUUGGA